AUGACUGCUUAUCUGAGCAAGCAGCAGAGUUGCAUAGCGGACUUGGAUGGAAGGGGGGACUGUGGGGAUGUGCCAUGUUCCUUCAGCUGGCACCAUCAACACACCAACAACCACCAGCACCCGGGCCAGCGGUACCAUCACAGACCUGUCCCUGGCGGUGACACCCUUCCCCGAAGGGGGGGCCAGAUGGCGGCCUGGCAUUUGGACAGCAUGUCCUCCAGAAGCCCCGGUCGCUUGGCGUCAAUCAGAGCCAAGGGGGGGAGCUGUGACCUGUGGCCCCCUGAGUGUGGCUGCGUCCAGAGCUGGCAGGAGCUCCACCAGGCCAGCCCUGCACCAAUAAUCGUCAACACAGACACGUUGGAGUCGGUUUCUUAUGUCAAUGGCACAGAAAUUGAAUACGAGUUUGAGGAAAUCACUCUGGAGCGGGGUAACUCGGGUUUGGGCUUUAGCAUCGCCGGAGGCACAGAUAACCCACACAUUGGUGACGACCCGGGCAUCUUCAUCACCAAGAUCAUCCCUGGAGGAGCCGCAGCUGAGGACGGACGGCUGAGAGUAAAUGACUGCAUCCUGCGGGUGAACGACUCUGACGUGUCUGAAGUCUCUCACAGUAAGGCAGUAGAAGCCCUGAAGGUUGCAGGUUCUAUUGUUCGGCUGUACUUGCGGCGCCGCAGGCCGAUGCUCGAGACCGUCAUUGAGAUCAAACUCAUCAAAGGACCAAAAGGGCUUGGCUUCAGUAUUGCAGGUGGUGUUGGAAACCAGCACAUCCCUGGUGAUAACAGCAUAUACGUCACCAAGAUCAUCGACGGCGGGGCAGCAGAGAAGGAUGGCCGGCUGCAAGUAGGAGACCGGCUGUUAAUGGUGAACAACUACAGCCUGGAGGAGGUCUCUCAUGAAGAGGCCGUGUCCAUUUUGAAGAACACGUCGGACGUUGUUUACCUAAAGGUGGGAAAGCCCACCAAUGUCUACCUAUCAGAUCCCUAUGGGCCUCCUGAUAUCACGCACUCUUUCUCUCCAGCCAUGGAAAAUCAUAUCUCUUCCACUGUCAACAGUGGCACUCUGGAGUACAAGUCUGGUCUCCCUCUCAUCUCCCCCGGGAGUUAUUCCCCCCUCCCUAAGCACUUACUUGGGGAAGAGGAUAUAAACAGGUUGGAUGGCUUUUCCUUCUUACGGCCUCCUGAGCCAGUUUACAGCACUGUGAACAAACUAUGUGACAAAGCACCCUCCCCCCGACACUAUUCCCCAGUGGAGUGUGACAAAAUCCUCCUCCACUCCGUCCCCCUCCCAUAUCACUUAAGCCUGUUCCCUGACUCGGACUUCACCAGGGAACCCAGGAAGGUGGUGCUCCACAAGGGCUCCACAGGCUUGGGCUUCAACAUCGUCGGCGGAGAAGACGGAGAGGGCAUCUUUGUCUCCUUCAUCCUGGCAGGAGGGCCUGCAGACCUGAGUGGAGAGCUGAGGCGAGGCGACCAGAUCUUAUCGGUAAAUGGCAUUGACCUACGAGGAGCCACACAUGAACAAGCAGCAGCAGCCCUGAAGGGAGCUGGACAGGUGGUCACCAUCUUUGCCCAGUACAGACCAGAAGCUCGUUGGCUUCUUUCUGUCGGAGGUACCAUCUCUAACCGGGCUCUAAACACCUCUGGGACUAACAACUGCUUUCUCUUCUCGCCCAUCAGAACUUGCUCUAUGCUCACCGCGACGGGCCCGCUCUCCUGCACCAGGCCGUGA